UCGUCGUUAUGGUGGCGGAUCAUGCACGCGCCAAAACCGUAUUGGCUUCCCUAGAUCGGCGGAUUUCCACACUUGACUUUGAUGGACAAAGCUGGACAACUUGGAUCGACAAAUCGGACGUAUCCAUACCAGAGGGGUGCUCUCUGGAAGAGUGCAGUAAAAAUGUGAAGAACAGGAUGGAAACUAUGACUCUCCAGAAAGAGGACAUGUCUAUAUAUGGUCACUGCCCAGCAUAUGAUGACUUCUUCCUGGUGGUGUGCAGCCACUGUGGGCAGGUGGUAAAACCACAGGCUUUUGAAAAGCACUUUGAGCGACGACAUGGGCCUUCGAGCAAACUAUGCGGCACUCCGUCCAACUGCUCUCCUGACCAGCCCCAACAGGGAAGACCCCCCUCCCAGCAUGGCAGCCUCAGUGAGGUCCAAGUCAGCAGGAGCCAGGGGCCUGGACCUCCAAAAGUUCCACUACUUCACUCUCCCCACCAGGGAUGCUCCAAACCACUGCUUGAAGUACCAAGUCUUCAGCAGGUGGAUACAGUUUCCCAAAGAACCCCUCCAUCACCACAUGUUUCCACUCCCAGUCCCAGAGACCUGCCCUGGAAUCGUGGGAAAACCUCACCAAAAGCACCCCCACCAGCUGAAAAACCACUCCAGAAGAGUUUGGAUUCCCACACUCCACUGCACGGACCAAGAAAUUACAGCAGGACUUACAAGAAAGUCCUUAAGAAAGAAUGCGAUUUAGACAAGCAUUGUGGGGUGAUGGAUUCUGAGAGAAAGAAUGCGUGCACCCGACUGCUAACGUGUAAUAUUCAUUCCAUCCAUCAGCGCCGGCAGGUUGUAGGGAGGAGUAAACCAUUUGACCAGCUUGUAAUGGAGCUGAAGAUGAGCUCAAAGUCUCGAGAGCGCCCCCCUUUGCCCAUAGAGGUUUAUGAUGGAGGCCCCUCCCAACCCACACACAGAGGGUCUCAAAUUGGGCCUCUGCACCACACACACCAAAUAACUAACUAUUCUAUUCUCAGGUCCAUGAGCCCAUCAGGCAGUGGUGUAGAAAUGAACGAGGGAAAGAUGCACUCUGAAAAGACGCAGGUGGAGUCUGUUUCAGCUUGUCUCUCCAGUGAGGAGAGUGGUGGGGAAAACCAUGAGGAAUUUGCUCAUCUGCCUGCAAGCACUUGGCACCCUAAACCCCUGGGAUUUUGCACCUUCGGGGCACGUGUACUUGGCCGUAGUGUGUUAGCGUUUGACCAAAGGCUGCUCCACCUACGGUCAGCAUUCAGUGACAUGAUGGAGCAGCACCACAGCACUUAUCUGUGGAAGAAAAUCCCUCGGGCUUCAGAGCUAUGCUCUCCUCAACCAUCAGUCAUUACAAAAUCCUACAAUUCCCAUGAUGCCACGCGCAGCUCAGUACCCACUCGCCGUGCCUCUUCUCUCAGGACUAGCACCUCAGGACAAUCAGAGCUACCAACAAAAGCCCAGUCAACCUCAGGUCCUGGCCGGCCUAGUAAUGCAGGGGGUCGACCCAGCAAGCAGGCCUUGCAGACCAGAUUCAGGGAGCUUCAGGAGGGUCCCACGACCAGUAAGCGGCAGAAAACUCCACAAGAUGACGAGGACUCACAUGGACCAGGCAAGAUGUCAUACACCCCUCACCACAGGGAUCGCCAGUCCUCCUUUGCUAGAACCACACUUCGUUCUCCACAUGGACCAUUUAAUGGUGGACUAAGGGCUGUUGCAUAUGAACAAAAAGGGCAUGGCAGGAAACGUAAGACCAGUGGUGCCUCAUCUCCCAAGAACACUUCAUGCGCCCCAAAACCGAACAUCCUCUCCUCUUUCUCCCAAACCCACUCCAGUCCGGUGUCCUGGGGUGGGGAUGGUAGACCAGGAUCAACCCAAAUUCUGCCAAAGAAACUGGGUGCACAGAAGCCAAAGCUUCUUCACUGAGGGAGUCUGCUUUAAACUUCUCCAGAAACACAAGUUGACUGCCAUGUUAUUUACUACAGACUUUAUGAACAGGAUGGUGGUAGUUUGAAGUUCACCGUAGGAGUGUGUAUGUUAUAUACUGAAUUUUUAUGUAAGUGAAUGUAUAUGUUGGAUGACCUGCAAUUGAGUAUAAAAUACCUCAAGAUCUUCCGUAUGCUGCUAAACUGACUGUCAGAUAAUGGACAUUGAAAUAAAUAUGCCAACAUCUUUCUGUUGUCUUGAUGUUAAUGAAUAGUGACGAUGCUUCAUCUCAACUCUAGAUGGCACUAAACAACUAGGUACCUCAAUGUUACACAAGGCUAAAGAAGGGAAGGCCUAGGAGCUUUUUUUGAUAGCUUUAUACUGUGCAAAGAGAAGUUAAUUCUAUCCCUCACAGCCUCUUUUUCAUUCUCUAUCUAAAAUCAAAGAGGUCGCUGCUGUGAAUAAGUCAUUAUAACUAUAAAGAUUCCUUUCUUUGGCUUUGUGUAACAUUGAUGUACCUAGUUGUUUAGUGCAAUCUAGUGUUGAGAUGAAGCAUCAUCACCAUUCAAUUUCAAAUUAAUUAGAAUAUUACCACAAAGUAAUUUGGUCUCAACCCACACUUUGUUAAAUCAAAGGAAAAAUGCAUGUACAUUUAUUGCACUUACAACAGAAGCCCAUGGAGCACGUGUAUUACGUUAUUUUUUAUCCCAAAUAUUAUGGUAAAAUAAAGGGGUAGCUUUAGGGUAAAUUUUAUACCCUAAAAUGAAAAUUGUGUAAUUUACUCAUCCUCAUGAUGUUUCAAACCUAUAUGAAUUUCUUCUGUGGAAAACAAAAUGAGAUCUUGGGAAGAAAGACAGCCUCAGCAACCAUUCACUUGUAUUGUAUAAAUAAAUACAAUGAAAGUGAAUGUUGACUGGGGCUAACAUGCUGCCUAGCAUCUCACUUUGUGUUCCAAGUAGUAAGUCAUGCGGGUGUGGAAAUGCAUUAGUGUAUGUAAUGUAGAUAUGGAGGAGGGAGCCUCCACAGCCAUAAAAUGUACCCAUUAUAUUUAUAAAAAUGGCUGAUCUUGUAUUUAAUUGCAUUGUUUAAGGAUUCAAAAUGUUAUACUGAGGGUAUGGAAGCUAAUAGUUUCUAGAUGAGGUUGUGGGUUUAAAUCCAUCUGGUUGUUCAGGAUAAAUAAUGUCUGCUAAAUGUGACCGCUUUUCAGUAUGUUUAUUUUGUAUGAUUAUGGAUACGCGGAAGCAAAAACAGUA